AUGAUGUUCGGCUCAACCUUGAGUACAGCCGCACCAACUGGAACGACAAUCAAGUUUGAUCCCGUGAAAGGAUCAGAUACGAUGAUGAGGAAUGGUCUAACUCAGUCGAUCCAGACCAAACUAAUGUGUAUCACCGCCAUGAAACAAUACGAAACGAAGUGUUUGGAGGUAAGCUUUGUUGUUUCUGAGUAUAAUUCCUCUCUUUAGGAGUUACGAGUUGAAGAUUACCAAGCUAAUCGAAAGCAGCCCACGGCGGGAUCAACAACUUCUGGAUUCGGAGGAACUUUGGGGACUUCGAAUACUUCUUCGUUAUUUGGAAGCAAACCUACCACUGGGUUCGGAGCAACAACAACACCCGCUUUUGGGCAGGCUUCUACCGGGAAUAGCUUGUUUGGGAGUACUCAAAAUAAACCAGCCGGAGGAUUGUUUGGAUCUACAAAUACGUCUAGUCCAUUCGCUUCGACAUCGAACGCCAAUGCUUCUGGGUCAUUAUUUGGAGCCAAGCCAGCGGUAUGUAUGCACGUUUGGAAAACAAUUCCUUUUUAGUUUGGUCAGCAAUCAUCUACGUCUUUGUUUGGAGCCACCAACACGGCAACUACAACUCAAUCUGGCUUUGGUUUUGGUGCUGCAAAACCGGUAAGUUGUUCGUUACUUUGACAAUUUAUUUUUAGACCACUUCUACUGGAUUUGGAUCAACCUUUGGUCAAACAAACACGGGGACGUCGUCCUUAUUUGGAUCAACCCAAUCUAAGCCUUUGUUCGGAUCAACUACAACUUCCCAGCCGUCAACUGGGAUGUUCGGUGCAACCACAUCCCAGCCAGCCCAAGGGACAACUCUGUUUGGAGGUGGCGCUACCGGCACUCAAGGCACAACAUCUAUUUUUGGAGGGGGCACAAGUCAGCCGGCAGCUGGUACAUCCCUUUUUGGUGGGAAUACUCAGCAAAAUACUGGACAGACUGGAAUUUUUGGAAGUCAGCCUCAACAGAGUACAGGCACUUCGCUCUUUGGGACUGCUACUAACACGGGUACGUCUUUAUUUGGAAACACUGCCUCCCAACAAGCUGGGUUUGGUGGAACGUCGGCUUUUGGACAAAAACCUGCUGGAACCGGACUCUUUGGUGCAACGACCGGACAACCACAACAACAAGGAGCAUUUACAUUGGGAGGUAAGUAUUUUAGUUUUCGCUGUCCGCAAAUAAAAACUCACAGUCCAAAGGAAAAGAAGCCGAAAGGUGCCCAAAAAGAAUUGGUGUUUAAAGUAACAAGCACUCCUCUAAUAUACUCGAAAAACAGAUGUAUAAAAGAUGUGCAUGUUUUUGCUUUAAUAAUCACCGAUAUUAUGUACAAUAUCAUCAGAUUUUCUAUCGAGAAUGCCUGCCUAUCGCGUGAAUUUGCUGCUAAACAUUGAGUUAUGCGCAAGAAGAUUCUCAUUUGCGGACAGCGAAAAUUCUUUGCGGACGGCAAAAAUAGUUUCUUUUUACCUAUUAUAGGUGCCACUCAAGUUGCCCAACCUCAACAAUCGGUCCUCCAAGUUCCUCAACAGCCUUUGUUAAUUACCCGAGACACUGAACAGAUGCUGCAACAAUCGAUACUGGAAUCCCAAAUGUCGAUGUAUCCUUAUGGAACGGAUGAAUUAUUCAGAACCAUAAGUGUUAGAUCAACUGCCGAGCAAGCUAACGAAGCCAUGAAGAGCAAGUUGGAGAAGUAAGUUUAUAGUUUAAAUUUUGUUAUGUUUUCAUUUUUCCAGGGAACGAUUACUAAAUACAUACGCCGCUUCCAAAUUUGCCGACCUUUCUUCUGACAAGAAUAAACAGGAUGAUGGAUUGAGGAAGUUCACUCAAUGUGUGCUGACCGCCAACAAGCCCAAAGUGUUCUCAUACAAACCUCUGAUCCAACGGAGUGGUCUGGAUGAGAGCAGAAAUGAAAGCCAGGAACUAAAUGACUCAAAUGGCUUCCUCAACCGGUCAACGUCUUCUUAUGGAAAUAAAACACAAUCGUUCUCUGAACUGAAGACUGGAUUAUUUAUACCGACAGUCAUGAAUACGUCGAAAUCGAGGGAUAAUCCCAAACGGUUCGAUGCUUCCGUCUUAAAGGACAAGUCUUCGAGUCGAUUGGAUGAAUCUAUACUCUCUAGAAAGUCUAUGUUGAAUCACAGUAUUGCCCAUGACACUUUGACCAUCGAUAAUGGAACCCGUGAUAGAAGAGACAGUAUAGCGAAGGAUGAGUCGUAAGCUUUUUUUGUUGAUUAUGUGACUUUCUAUUUUUAUAAUAAAUCCUUAGUUUUAGAUUGCUGAACGGCAGCAAAAAUAACUCCGUAUUUACUAGCACACCGGCAGAGAAGCAACAUUCCCCAAAAUCAGUCCAUUUCUCUCAAGACGAGCUCAAUUUGUCCACUGUUUCGAAUGGCCACGACGUGUCAGUUCGAACCACACUUAGUGAAAACGAUGAGAAUCAACUUAACAGAACUAUCAGACAUGGUCCUUGUAAUGUGUUGAUAUCAAGCAGAAAUAUCUACACGGAACCAUCAUUGGAAGAACUCGAAACUUUUGUGAGAAAUGGAAAAAUAUUCAUCAAGGAGAAGGAGGCCUUCAAAGUUGGAAGAAUUGGAUAUGGAAGUGUUUUGUGGGAGGGACCAUUCGACUUUAGUGAUGUGGACUUGGCCGAGAUUGUUCAAUUCCACCGAAAAGAGGUUGUCGUAUAUCCAGACGAGAAGAAGAAACCACAUGUUGGUUGUGAAUUGAAUCGACCCGCGAUCAUUUGUCUGGAGAAUGUAUUCCCAAUUGACAGGAUAUCCAGGGAAUAUAUUAAGGCAAGAGAGUUUUUUUAUAUUAUUUACGUUAUGUAACUGCAGGAUCCAGAUCAUCCAGAAGUGAAAAGAUUCAGCGCAUUGUUGGAGAAGAAGUGCCUCAAGAUGGGAUGUUCCUUUAUCGAAUAUGACGCGGAAGGAGGUCUCUGGACUUUUAAAGUCAAGCAUUUCUCAAAGUAUGGAUUCUAUGAUGAUGAUGAGGAAGAAGGAACACAAGUGUUGCCGCAACAGAAGAAAGUAUUGGCCCCAAAGCAGACCGUGGAAGUUCAGACGGAGUUGGAAAUGGUGGUAGAAAUGGAUGACGUGGAUGUUCCUUUGGCUUCAGAACCCACAAAUGCUGGCACUCUUCUUAGAGAACGGUUCCUCAACUUUGACGAAUCAAUGAGAGCACCCAUGGUUGAUCCAAAACGAUUAUUUCUUUGUGAGUAGUUGAUUUUGUGUGGAACUCACUUAUUUAUUUGUUGUUAAACUUGCACAUUGACCAGUACACUUUUGUCAUAAAUAUUUGUAAAUGGUUCUGUGUGGUUUUAUGAAUGUCGAAAAUGGUUUUUAUUUUUAGCCGAGUCUCCGGAGGUUGUCCAAAAGAAAAAGAUGCGAUUCACAGAUGAUCUAAUGGAGUUUGAGUAUGUUUAAUACUAAGUUAAUAUAAUUUUUUAAGGCUUCGGGGAUUGGAUAUCUUGGGCGAAGGCGAGAAAAAGAAGAAGGAACAUCCAGUUGUCCGUCAGAAAGUGAACAAGAUCAUGAACUUUAAUCUCACCCAUCCAAUUUUCAAAGAAUUGAAUGUACAAGGGCUGUUCGGUCCCUUGAUCCCUCUGACUUUCCGUCGAGUUGGCUUUGCGCAUUCUGCUCAAGAUGCUGUUAAUGUUACGGUUCUUAAAGAUCCAAGACCUCGAUCAGCUGCUGUUCAAAUACAAACAGUCAAACUUGUCCCAACUAUAGAGGUAAACGUAUUUUUUUCAGUAUUAUUCAAUUGAUUUAGACUUACAUGAGACAACAUUUGGAGAAGAUUGGAAGGACCGAACUCUUUGAUGAGCUCGUCAAUACCGAGAUGCUUCACAUGAAUCCACCGUCGGAUCUGAUCAGACUUGUUGAUGAUUAUCUCUUCAAUGAAUUGCGAUUGAAUUAUUCGUUGGAAGAGAUUGCAGUCAAGAUGUUGAAGUUCUGCGAAGCCAUGUGCCAAGACCCGAGUGAUAUUAGAUUUGGUGGGUCAGGCUCUUUGUGACUCAUUGUCAUCAUGUUUAGGUCAUCUUCAGAGAACUGGCUUUAUUGAAUGGGUGGUAAAAGAGCUCUCGACAAAACUGGAAAAGAAACUAAAGCAAUUAUCAGAAAAUAAUAACAACUCCCUCUAUGUCCCAGUCUACUAUGCUCUACUCUUCGCUGACUUUGACCAAGCAAUCCAAUUGGCCAGGCAUAGUGGAUUAAAUGAUCUUUCGAUGUUGAUCGGCUUGUAUUCAGCCGGCACGCGGAUCCCGGACAGGCUUUUGAAGUAUCAGAAAGCUGCGGUAAGUUGUUUUAUUGAGGAUGUUUUUCAAAUGUAUUUAAAUAAUAAGCGAUUAUUUUUAGUUUGAGCAUUGUCGAGAAGGAUCUGAUCCCUACAGAACCCGAGUUUAUGCUUUGUUAAGUCAUUCCAUGACAUUUUCCCGAGCUGGAAAGCUGGCCGAUCUUCGGAAAGACCUUCCAGUUUUACAGGUAGGAAUACUGUAGUUACCCUUUUUUGAAACGGCAGCGGUUGGUUGAUGUCAAUUAUUUUUAGCUGUUGGCCAUUCAACUAACUUAUUUCUCAACCUUCAAAGACUCGAUGUCCUCCAGUGUCCAAGCCCUUCCCGCUAUCGUCAGACCAUAA